AAAAAAUCACAGAUCACAUCAACAACAACGUGGUUCUGGACAAAGCCGACAUCCAAACAGAAGGCUUAGUGGGCAACGCCGCAAUUAUUUCCACAAGCCAUUAGAAACAUAUGACUGGCGAAUAGAUCCCAAUUUUGAUAUUUAUUUUGGUCUUCCAUCCGCAAGGCCUGUACGUAGAGGAGAUGGUUCACAGGGGAGGCCAAAAUCCACAUUUAUUGAGCGGCCUAUGCAAAAUGGACCGACAAAUGUCAAUGUUCAACCACAACAGCCGGAAAAAGCAAAAAUGCAUGAAUCAUGGAGGAAAUUAAUCGAAACCAGUGAAAAAAGAAAAACUGAUAUGAAAACUCAAACAUCAUCAACAUCAAGUAUAUUACCACCCAAAAUAACCCAAUAUCGUUUGCAAACACCAACAACGACUAAAAUGACGAAACGCACAGCAAAAAUGCUAACCAAAAUCACAGAACCAACGACUACAACAACUACCAAUCCCCCUUCAACGACUACAAUAGAUAUUACUGUCCCUGUGACUACAACAACAUCUAUUAAACCCAAAACGACUCAAGCAUUUACUAAUCCCCCCAUUAAAAUUCCAACUAAAUCCCCCGAAACUAUAACAACAGAAGAUCCAACAGAGACUCCAAUGGUCGAAUUAAAAAGACAAACUACUUCUAUAACUAAAUACUCUUAUACCAGGCAUGACAAUAAUAUGCUUAAAGUAGAUCCAACGAACAAUUAUUUGAAUGAGUUCAAACAAAACCCUUCUUUGUUCGUCACAAAGAAAUCAAUUAUCGAACCCACUGCUCAAAAAACAACCUUAAAACAAAUAACGACAACGACAACGCAUGCUUCAAAACCGCCUGCUAAAAAGAUUGAAAGUCCUGCCAACCCAUAUAAAUCAUAUCUCGCUUAUAUUGCACAGGUGAAUAAAGAGAAUAAGAUGAAUGCAAUUGGAUCAGAUAAACCAAUUACAACAGUGCAGGUGAUAUUUCCGAGAUUUGAACAACAAACUACAGCUGCCACAACAUACCAGCCAAGACAUGAUCACACUAAGAACCACUCAAAUAAAUUCAAUAAGGUAGACAAUAGCAAAACACACAAACAACCUAAUGCACGUCCAUCAAUACACCAUCGUCACAAUAGUCAUGAUACGGUUCACAUAACGGCAUCGAUGCCAAAAGUAGAGCUGAGUCAAAAGCAACGCUUACAAACGAAAUCUCCUUUAGCUGGACUUGUUUGGAAAUUGAUUGAAAGGAACGGUACCCCUGCGCCUAAGAGACUAACUACACCAACUACCACAAGAAAACAACCUACAACUGCUGCGACAACAAUGAUAUCAACAAUGCCGACAACAAUUACAAUACCAACAACCACUUAUCCCAGCACUGAUAAAUUGAUGAUAUCACUAGAAAAAACAACCGCUAUUUAUAAUCCACCAGACACUGUUAAUAAAAAGAAAGAUCCAUUCAUGCCGUUUGAUUAUUUUAGAUUAAGAGGUAAGACGACUCGGAGUAAUAAUGACUCUUUGAAAAGGAAAACUACAAAGAUUCCGGGAGGAGUUGAUCUGUUCUGGAAAUGGAUCAGACCUAACACAGAAAAACCAGAAACCAGAACCGCUGCUAUCCUGUUUACUAAAGCAUUUACACCUACUGUACUCACUUAUUCGACACACACGUCAACAAUCCCAACAAGUGGCGCACCACGUUUUAGAGGAGAUACAAUGGUAGCAACCGAUUUAAUGACCCAGUCAACAGGAAAUACAUACUCUGAAAGAAGACACCAUACACCUUAUAGAGUUUUGAAUUCCAAUAUGUACGCCACUCGACCAACCAUUGGCUCUCCUCCUAGACCAGGCCCAAUGGGUGUACACAGCCAUGCAACCCAUAGAGCUGCUGUUUCCCUCCAUGGGACGUUUCCAACGGCUGCAUCACCCUAUGUUACUCGCCCAACGUUCGAAGAGGUCAAAAGUAACCACAUAUCAACUAUGGAAAAGUCAAAUAGAAAUCGUCAAAAUCGAGAAAGGAAUUUCAUUGAAAGAAACACACCAGAACCAAAUAUGAACGACUUGGCAAGUGACAUAGUUAUCUCAAAGAAGGAGUUGAAGAGCACCACGUCCAAACAAAUUAAUAAGACAGAUAUGAACAAAUACGAGGCAAGUACCAAUCGACCACACGAGGAACAAGUUUAUGACUCUAUGUUUCACUCUGCGUUUGACAAAGUCUUGGGUAACUAUGUCUCUGAUGAGAAAAUGGAUGACAUUAUCAAAAAGCUUAUUGAGGAGAUGGAUAGAAACAUGAAAGCACAGUACGUUGAUGAAGAUAUCAAUUUUGAACAAAAAGACGGAACUUCGGAGAUAGAAAGUUCAAUUGAAGCCGACUACAAUAAGGAAAGAUCAAUUAAAAGUGAAGACAAUGAAGGAAGUUCAAAUGGCAAUGAUGACGAUGAAGAGAGAUCGAUAAACAAUAAAAAUGACAAAGAAGACUCAAUUGACGGUCAUGAAAAUGAUAAAAUGACAAUUGACGAAGAAGCAACAAUCAAAGAAAUAACCAAAAAAACAAUUACAACUGAAAGAACACUGACAGAGACAUACACAACAACACCAAUAACAGAAACAUUGACAGAAGCAAUCACAAAAGUGGCGUCUGUGUCUGAAGUAGCGAUAAAAGCAUCAACAGAUACAAUGACGAUAGAAACAGCCAAAGAAACAACGAUGCAAACAACCACAGAAGCACCUUUGUUAGAAACAACCAAAGAAACAAUGGUACAAACAACCAAAGAAGCACCUUUGUUAGAAACAACCAAAGAAACAACGGUACAAACAACAACAGAAGCACCUCUGACAGAAACAACAACAAAAACAACAAUGGACACCACUACAAAAGCCCCUAUGACAGAAACAACCAAAGAGGCAACCACUGAAAAACCUAUGACAAAAACAACCAAAGAGACAACAAUAGAAACAACCACGGAAGAACCUUUAUUAGAAACAUUAAAAGAGGCGACGAUGAUCGAAACUACCACACAAGAACCAACAAUAGAAGCAAGUACAGCAAAAUCAACCAUGUUAAGAGAAAGCAAAGAAGAAAUAACCGUGCAAAGAACAACCGUAAAAGUAGAACCAGCAACCGCUGAGUCAACUGCAUACCCUGCAAUCGAGAGAGAUUUGGACAAAGAACAAGGAACCACGGAAAAUACAGAAGACACAAGAAAACAGAACACAACUGUGCCUUCCAACGAACAAACAAGUUCAAAUAAAACAGCGGACUAUAGUCAGAAUAACAUCGAAUUAUCAGAUGUUGCAACAGAAAUUUAUAUUGAGGAUUACGAAGAUGUUUAUGUUGCCCCAAAUGAAGAUUUCGGUAUUGAAAUUGAUGUAGAACUCUUCCCUGGAUUUGCAAUGCCAAAUGGUGUCUUUAUCGAAUCGGCGAAAUCAGUUCAAGAAUGCCUAGAAAAGUGUUACAAAUCUACAACGUGUGAGUCGUUCGAUUUUAGUAUCCAUAGUAAUUUCUGUUGGUUUCAUUUCGACUUUCUUAGUGAUGGGACUUGUACUCCUUUGCCCAAGGAUAGUUCCAUUGUGCAUUAUAAACUGCUUCCUUGCGCCGAGCUUCCACUGGAGAUUGGUAAGGUGUUUACGGUUAUGCUAAAUAUUGAUAAAUGAAUUGGAAUUUAGGUUAUGCUAAAUAUUGAUAAAUGAAUUGGAAUUCAGGUUAUGCUAGAUAUUGAUAAAUGAAUUGGAAUUCAGGUUAUGCUAGAUAUUGAAAAAAGAAUAGGAAUUCAGGUUAUGCUAGAUAUUGAAAAAUGAAUUGGAAUCCAGGUUAUGCUAGAUAUUGAAAAAUGAAUUGGAAUUCAGGUUAUGCUAAUUAUUGAUAAAUGAAUUGGAAUUCAGGUUAUGCUAAAUAUUGAAAAAUGAAUUGGGAUUCAGGUUAUGCUAGAUAUUGAAAAAUGAAUUGGAAUUCAGGUUAUGCUAGAUAUUGAAAAAUGAAUUGGAAUCCAGGUUAUGCUAGAUAUUGAAAAAUGAAUUGGAAUUCAGGUAAUGUUAGAUAUUGAAAAAUGAAUUGGAAUUCAGGUUAUGCUAAAUAUUGAUAAAUGAAUUGGAAUUCAGGUUAUGCUAGAUAUUGAAAAAUGAAUUGAAAUCCAGGUUAUGCUAGAUAUUGAAAAAUGAAUUGGAAUUCAGGUCAUGCUAGAUAUUGAAAAAUGAAUUGGAAUUCAGGUUAUGCUAAAUAUUGAUAAAUGAAUUGGAAUUCAGGUUAUGCUAGAUAUUGAAAAAUGAAUUGAAAUCCAGGUUAUGCUAGAUAUUGAAA